AUGAUUAAUAAUAUUCAAGAAUUCUUAAGAAGAGUUGACUAAUUUGGAGCAAAUUACAAACCAAGUUAUGCAUAUGGAGAAGUGUAAUUCAAGACAUCACUUGGAGGAUUGCUUUCUAUUUUACUUUAUGGAGCUAGUUUAUCAUAUUUAAUUUAUGAGCUUAUAUUAUGGAGAUCAGGAUAAAUAUUACCAAAGGUAACAAGUAUGGCAACUGAAAUUGAGACUUAUGCUUUAAAUUUUAAUUAAGUAACUGUAGCUGAGUUUUGUCUUAGAAGACAUAAAAGUAUUCCUGAUUAAAUAGAUCCUUUUGAACCAGAUAACGUUGUAUUGUUGCCAAUGUUAUACAAAGUUAUAGAAGAUGAACUUUAGAUACCCACACCUCUAUUGUCAACUAAAUUAUCACAAGAACAUAAUAUGAUUCUUAUUGAAUUAAAGAAUAUAGAACUUUCCAAUAAUGAAAAUGAAGAACUGGAUCAAAAAAAUAUUGAAUAUACAAUAAUGUUUGAGGAGUGUGAUUAAAAUGUUUUACCAGAAGGAUGGACUUGUGCAAAAGAAGAGAGAGUUAAAGAGUUUUUCAGUUAGAAAUAAAAUUAGCUCUUUGUAAGAACAUUUGUGAAUUAAUAUAAUACAUCCACUAAAUAAUUAGAAUUGAUAGAAUAAGAUUAUUAUGCUUCCUUUGAUAAUAAAACAACAUAUUUUAGUCAAUUGUCUUUUGGAACAUCUAAUGUAUCAGUUGAUACAGGAUUCUUAUUUGAAGAUAUUUAAAAACACGAAUUUCCAAGUCAAGUUAUAUCAUAUAUACAAUAAAUGGAUUUAGACUAUUUUACUCAUACUUUUGGAAAAGAUGUAUUUAUAGUCUUCGAAUUUGAACUUGGAACACUUUAAUAAACUAUUUUUGUUGAAUAUCCUAAAGUAUCAGAAGUAUUAGCGAACAUUGGAUCUAUUAUUUCCUUCUUUCUAUUCUUCUCAAAUGUGGCUUAUAUGAUAAAUGAAAAAACUCUUGAAGACAGAGUAAUUAGAGCAGUUAUAGAAAUGUAUUAUCCAUAAUUUAAGAAUAUUAAAUUUAUUUCUAAUUGGUAUUCAAAAAUUAUUGGAAUCAGAUAUUUUGAUAAAUCUAUUCCAUUUAAAAAAUUCAUGUCAAAAUAUAGAGACUUAACUGAAAUUGCCAGAUAAAAACUAUGUUUAACUAAUUCUUUAUAUGAAAUUUCAAGAUUAUAAUUUAUUCUACGUUCAAAUUUCGAUUCUGAUAUUUUGAGUUAAAGUCAUAGUGUAGGAAUCAAAUUGAAUAUUUUAGAAACAUCACCAGAACCAGAAGAGAAAUCAGAAAUCUAAUAAAUGAACAAAGUCCAUGAUUUUCAUGUAGAAAAUGUGGAUGAUUAGUCUCUUGAAGAAAUAAGAGUACAACCUUAAAUCAAUGUAAAUUUAUUUAUUUAAAUUUUAGAAUCCUUAAGCCACAUUAGAUGUCAAAGUUUCUAGUGUCAUCAAUAUUGAAUAACUUUAAAAACCUUAAAGUUUAUUUAUUGGAAAUGUAAAUUAGUAGUAUUCGAAUAAUUUAAAAAAUGAACAAUUGCAACUAUCCGAUGAAGAUUUCUACAUCUUAAUGUAAAAUUAACAAGAAAUCAAAUUUGAAAAUUCUAAAUAGUAAUCCACUAUUUAUUUACAUAAAAUAUCAGGAUUAAAUACAAAAUGA